GAGUCACAGUUGACGAUGGGGGAGACGGCGAGAGAGGACAGCAGCAAGGGCACGGUGAUCUCAGUAGAAGACGCUCUCGAAACAGUUCUCAGAGUGGUCCAGCGGCUGCCGCCUGUCACUGUGCCCCUCCACGAUGCGGCCGGGAAGGUGCUGGCGGAGGACAUUCGCGCGCGCGAACCUCUGCCGCCGUACCCUGCGUCGGUGAAGGAUGGAUAUGCGGUGGUAGCUUCCGAUGGGCCAGGCGAAUAUCCUGUAAUCGCUGAGUCAAGAGCUGGCAACGAUGGACUUGGCAUCACCGUCACUCCUGGAACUGUAGCCUAUGUUACCACUGGAGGACCAAUACCUGAUGGUGCAGAUGCAGUGGUACAAGUUGAGGACACUGAAGAAAUUGAAGAGCAUUCACUUGAUUCAAGGCAAGUAAGAAUAUUGAUACAAACAAGCAAAGGAGUAGAUAUUCGUCCAGUGGGUUGUGACAUUGAAGCAGAUGCUGUAGUAUUGACAUCUGGGCAAAGAAUUGGCGCUUCAGAAAUUGGUUUGCUUGCUACUGUAGGAGUGACAAUGGUGAAGGUAUAUCCAACUCCAACAAUUGGUGUGCUUUCCACAGGAGAUGAACUCGUGGAGCCAAUGACAGGUUGUUUAAAUCGUGGCCAGAUUAGGGACUCCAACCGCGCUAUGAUACUGGCAGCUUCACUACAGCAUCAUUGCAAAGUUCUUGACCUAGGUAUUGCUAGAGAUGAUGAAGAAGUACUGGAGAAUAUCAUCAAUACUGCCAUUUCUGCUGGAGUUGAUGUUAUUCUUACGUCUGGAGGUGUUUCCAUGGGAGACAGGGACUAUGUCAAACCACUAUUUCAAAGGAGAGGAACAGUGCAUUUUAGUAAGGUUUGGAUGAAACCAGGAAAGCCUUUAAAUUUUGCGGAGAUCAAUUCCAGACCUGCAGAGAAUAUGCCAAUGAAAAGAAUUUUUGCAUUCGGGUUGCCUGGAAAUCCAGUUAGCUGUCUUGUCUGCUUCCAUGUAUUUGUGGUCCCUACCAUCCGCCGUCUUGCUGGAUGGAAAAAUCCUCAUCUUUUGAGAGUGCAUGCUCGUCUUCGUCAGCCUUUAAAGACAGAUCCUGCACGCCCAGAAUUUCAUCGUGCUAUCGUUGGAUGGGAGUUAAAUGAUGGAUUGGGAUAUCCUGGCUUUGUUGCUGAGAGUACUGGCCACCAGAGGAGCAGUCGGAUUUUAAGUAUGAAGUCUGCUAAUGCUUUGUUGGAGUUGCCAGCAACAGGCAGUGUAAUAGCAGCUGGGACUUCUGUGCCAGCCAUCAUUAUUUCUGAUAUAAGCAAUGCUAUUUGCGAAAGUUCCUUGUCACCUAAUUCGGCAUCACCUUUCCAAAGAUUUAUACUGCAAGAAAGAACUGUAGCUGAGUCUCAGGAUGCCGGGGUUAGAGUAGCAAUUCUUACAGUGAGUGAUACUGUUGCAUCAGGGGCUGGGCCUGAUAGAAGUGGUCCAAGAGCAGUUUCUGUUGUAAAUUCCUGUUCAGAAAGGUUGGGGGGAGCUAGGGUUGUUUCAACAGCUGUGGUCCCGGAUGAUGUAAGCAAAAUAAAGGAUGUUCUACAUAGAUGGAGUGAUAUUGAGCAAAUGGAUCUCAUCCUCACCCUCGGUGGUACUGGCUUCACCCCACGAGAUGUAACCCCAGAAGCAACCAAAGAGUUGAUUGAGAAAGAAACACCUGGUCUUCUUCAUGUCAUGAUGCAAGAGAGUUUGAAGGUGACACCAACUGCUAUGCUCUCGCGCUCUGCAGCAGGAAUAAGAGGGUCAUCACUGAUCAUUAACAUGCCUGGGAAUCCAAACGCGGUUGCUGAGUGCAUGGAGGCUUUGUUGCCUGCCCUCAAGCAUGGACUAAAGCAGAUAAGGGGAGACAAGAGAGAAAAGCAUCCCCGACACGUCCCUCACGCACAAGGGGCGACUACGGAUGUGUGGGAACAAAGUUAUAAGCUGGCCUCAGCUAGUGGCACCGAGCCAGGCUGUUCUUGUUGCCGUUAAUACGGAGGAAUAAAGUCAUGUAAUAUUGUGUAUUUUUUGUCCAGCAUCUCAUCAGUGUAAUAAUGGUAUUGUUGUAUGCCUUCAUAAGUUUAUUGUUGAUAGGGAAAAUGCGGUUGCUAAAGAUACGCAUAUGACAUAUCAGGAAUGAGAAUAUUUGGAAAAAGGGAAUUAUGUCGAAUAUUUGGGAUAUGGGAUAAACAACCUCCUUUUGGUAUUGAUACCGAAUUGAGAAUGUAAAUAUUUUUUCAAUGUGAGAGUCACUUACUUUUUUCA